CCCAAACGGUCAUUCGUAGUCGGAACGUCAAGCGGUGCAGUGGUCUCUCUGUUGUGCAAAGCAAAGGGGGGUCUCGACUCCAAACUUCUAGAAUCUUCACAAAGUAGUGUGUUAAUUUUUGCUGGUCCAAAAUGCGCACCUUCGGAACGGCACUGGCCGUGCUAUCGGUGGCCGCCCUGGUGGCAGCCGAGAUCUACUUCGAAGAAGGCUUCAAGGAUGACUCCUGGCAAAAGACCUGGGUGCAGAGUGAACACAAGGGCGUCGAGUACGGCAAGUUCGAACAGACCGCCGGAAAGUUCUUCAACGACGCCGAAGCCGACAAAGGUCUUCAAACGUCCCAGGAUGCCCGCUUCUACGCUCUGUCGACCAAGUUCAAGCCCUUCUCCAACAAGGACGACAACCUGGUGAUCCAGUUCUCGGUCAAGCACGAGCAGAAUAUCGACUGCGGCGGUGGAUACCUGAAGGUGUUCGACUGCAGCGUUGACCAGAAGGAUCUGCACGGAGACACCCCGUACCUGGUCAUGUUCGGCCCGGACAUUUGCGGUCCCGGAACCAAGAAGGUGCACGUCAUCUUCAGCUACAAGGGCAAGAACCACCUGAUCAACAAGGACAUUCGCUGCAAGGACGACGUCUACACCCAUUUCUACACGCUGAUCGUCAAGGCCGACAACUCGUACGAGGUGUUGAUCGAUAACGAGAAGGUCGAGUCCGGUUCGCUGGAGGAUGACUGGGAUUUCCUGCCGCCGAAGAAGAUCAAGGAUCCGGAAGCCAAGAAGCCGGAAGAAUGGGACGACCGUGCCACCAUUGCCGAUCCGGACGACACCAAGCCCGAGGACUGGGACAAACCAGAGCACAUUCCGGAUCCGGAUGCCACUAAGCCCGACGAUUGGGACGAUGAGAUGGACGGCGAGUGGGAGCCACCGAUGAUUGACAACCCGGAGUACAAGGGCGAAUGGAAACCCAAGCAGAUCGACAACCCCAGCUACAAGGGCGUCUGGGUUCACCCGGAGAUUGACAACCCGGAGUACACCGAGGACAAGGACCUGUACCUGCGCGAGGAGGUCUGCGGCGUUGGUCUGGAUCUGUGGCAAGUCAAGGCCGGUACCAUCUUCGACAACUUCCUGAUCACCAACGACAUUGAAGCUGCCAACAAGGCCGCUGCCACCUUCAAGGAAACCCAGGAGGGCGAGAAGAAGAUCAAGGAAGCCCAGGAAGCCGAGGAGCGCAAGAAGGCCGAAGAUGAAGCCAAGGCCGCCGAAGACGCCAAGGACGACGAAGAUCUGGACGAUGAAGACGAUGAGGACAGCCAUGCUGGCCAGGCGACCGAAAUCGACGAAGAGGAAGGACACGACGAGCUGUAAACUGCCUGCCCCACAGCACCGACGUCGUUGAAGUCGUUCUCUCUUUCUCAGGAUGUGCAUUUAGCGUCACCCCCGUCGUCAUAACUUAUUGAUCUUUAGUUUCUUUUCUUCUUACAAUCGUUCCAUCUCCUUCUUUUUCUUUUUUCUUCCCUUUUUUUGGUUAUGUGUGAGCAAAACCCCGCAUCAGUAAUAAGUACGACUAUGUUCAAAUAGUCACUCUGUUUUGCUUUCAAGUCAGCAACUUUUAUAAAAGAAACACACAAAAAAUCGCUGCGUCAACUAACAACAAAACAAAAAAAAAGUGGGACACCCUUAAUAAG